GCCCUCUCUCCUUGGAUCGCAUAUCGUGCGCGUACAUCGCAAUGCCUUGUGCCACCCGUUGACCGGCAGCGUUGCGUCUGCAGGAAGCGGCUGACUGCCGCUCGAAGGAUGCCCUCGACUUAACAAUAGAAGCACAGCUCCGCAUGGAACGCGCGACUCAUGUAGAGCUCGAGAAGAUCCAAUACCACCGCCAUGUCUCACGAACGCCGACAGAGCGGUCUCUGGUCGCGCAAUCCCGAGACCGAUGUUUUCGAGCAGCUCCCCAGCAACGCUCCCUACCAGUAUUACGUGCCUCCCGGCAAUCCCAAACGCUCCUUCUCAGACCGUACCGCACCGCCGCAAAAUGCUCCCACCGGCACCGCGAGGGCCAAUUCGCGACGGAAGGAGCGCAGCAACACGCUCGACGCACCACCCACCAAUCCACUGAGAGUCGUCAACCCAGACGAUGAGUUCAGAACCACCUUCCCAGACCCCGAUGCCGAGCCGAAGCCUGCCUUGAAGGUGGAUCCCAACUAUGUGCCUACGAAUGUGCGCUCGAAGCCCUGGAGUCCCGAUCUCAUGUCUCCCAGGACCGUCGAUGUGACUCAGUCGUCCAAGCAGCGACAAGCCAGCAACGCCAGCAACGUCUCGGAGCAUGUGAGACGAGGCUCCGUACCCGAUCGCAGUCCGUUGCAGAACCUCGAGACAUGGAGCAAGGAGGAGAAGCGAGCAAGAGUUGCGCAUGCAGAGGAGCGUGCGCGGCAGAAGAGCAUUGCGAGCGGCAGAGGGGAGGCAGGACUUGACAGAAAUGGCAGAAUACGCAACGACAAAGCAAGAGUGGUCAGCGACAGUACGGGGAGACGACCCAGCCAGAGCGAGAGACCGCGCAAUGCCUCGGAAAGUCAAGCAGAAGCGGGCGUGCGACGUUUUCAAGAUGCGAGGGACUCUUUGCUCAGAGAGAAUAUAACCCCUACAACCCCGAGAGAGAAUCCCGUGGCGCAGGUCGCCAACCAGUCCAGGACCUACGAACGCGCUCCAGACCAGCCGCCGCAGCCAGCAUCGACGACCGCACCUCGAGGCUCGACCGAUAUUGGCCGAUCAGAAAGUCGCAAGUAUCGUGCCAAGAACGCCGGCUUCGCAGGUGCUGAUGCGGCUGCAUGGAGUGGUCCCUCGAUUUCGAGCGCAGGCUACUCGCCAGGCGCCGCUGAGCGUGGAAAGGUCGCGUACGAGAAACGCAAGAGUCAGAUUCAGAGUGAAGCCGCGCAGUCUCCAGCCAGUCCUCUUUCACCGAGCAGUGGCAAGGACGGAUGCAGUGUUGCCAGAAGCAACAGCAAGAAGCUACAGAAACGAUCACCAGAUGGUCGCAAAACUGACAACAGUACGCGAGAUGCUCUGUAUACCGGUCGCAUGGGCGGUCUUUCUGGCACUAAGAAGGAGUGUCAAGCUGCGGAAGCAAAUCUGCCAUCGGACCCGGUGCCUCGAGCAGCGGUAGUGAAUCCGCAUCCCGAGGAUGGUGUGCGGUAUGCCCAACCACCUCAAACUGCGAACGCGCAGCAGGCGAGACAGCAAGUCGGGUUUUCAACAGACGCAGCGGCAACCCACGAAAAGCAGCAUCAUGCCAUCCGAGGAUUCUUCCACCACGAUCACGACCAGCGUCGUAGCUAUCAACCAACAGCCAAGCCUUUGGAGGAUUGGCGGAACGCGAAACCAGCCGUACUGACAGCAGACGACAUCGAGUUCGAAAAGGCAGUUGCGAACGUGGGUCAAGAGGACAGCAAUGCUCCGUGGUGGGAGAAGAGCCACAAAAGAUCAAGCUCUGGCGGCUCUAAGCCGAUCCCUGACAUGGCACAGCUUGAUGGACCGUAUGAAGAGAAAGCGAACGGCUUUCAGCCUCGACUGUUCCUGAAAUGUGGCCCGCUUCUGCGCUACACUGGCAUACGGCAGCAGACUGUCCGCAAUCAGCGCACCAACGUGGUCUCGCAACGAGAAGUGUGGAAGGGCACCGUCAUGAUUGUCACUGAAGACGAUCAGUCCGACCUGGCCCGGACUCCUGUCCUGCGCCUGUUCGCUCAGCCGAUGGACUUACACACGCCUCCGCCGCAGCACCUCCUUGAAAGUGGCCAUGAGCUCCCACCCGAGUAUGAGGAUCCGGUCGCCGGACAAGUCAAGCUCUCUCGUACAGGCCGAGCACUCUACGUACGGCCAGUACAUGACAUCGAAGGCGACGUCGAUCUGUCUCGCGAGGAGAAUAAUUCAGGACUCUUCUCAGCGCAACGUACCCCCGUGCUUGGGCCACAGGCCACGAUGGGAUCAGACGGUCGACCGACCCAGCAUAUCACGUUUCAGGAUAAAUCGCGAAUUAAGAAACGCGACGGCGAGCGGGCGAGCAAGUAUCGCGAGACGAAGGCUGUACGUUUGCACAGCGAGCGCGGCUUCACGUUCUGGCGCUUCAGCAUCGAAAUCGAGCUCGCAAGUCAGCAAACCCGCGUAGCGUAUCGAAUCAACAAAGGACCUGCCAUCGGGUUUUGGGUGCCUGCACGGGGUGAAUCGAUGAACAUCAUGUUCCACUCUUGCAACGGCUUCUCCAUGUCUGUCGAUAGCAACACCUUCUCCGGCCCAGAUCCGCUCUGGCGAGAUGUCUUGAAUCGUCACCAGGCUCGACCAUUCCAUGUCAUGAUUGGAGGAGGCGAUCAGAUUUACAACGAUGCUGCAAUGCGGGAUACGGAGCUGUUUAGGGAAUGGCUCCAGACCAAGAAUCCGCAGUACAAGCAUGAGGCUGAUUUCAGCAUUGAGAUGCAGGAAGAGCUCGAGGAGUUCUACCUGCAUCGUUACUCCAUGUGGUUUAGUCAAGGUUUGUUCAGCAUGGCGAAUUCUCAAAUACCGAUGGUCAACAUGUGGGACGAUCACGACAUCAUUGAUGGGUAUGGCAGUUAUCCACAUCACUUCAUGAGCACGCGGAUCUUCACAGGCCUGGGUGCGGUGGCCUACAAGUAUUACAUGCUAUUUCAACAUCAGAGUGUUGCUGCUGAGACAGAGAAGGAGGAGCCCAGUUGGCUACUUGGACGCUCACCAGGACCGUAUAUCAAUGAGAGGUCACGGAGCUUGUUUAUGAGUCUUGGCCGCCACGUCGCUUUCUUGGGACUCGACUGCCGCACAGAACGCAUGCGUGACGAGAUCCUGAGCCAGGAAACGUACGAUGCUAUCUUCGACCGGUGCCGCGCGGAGCUUGUGAAAGGCGAAACGAAACACUUGAUCGUACUGCUUGGUGUACCCAUUGCAUAUCCUCGACUCAAUUUUCUGGAAAACAUCUUGACGAGCAAGGUCAUGGACCCAAUCAAGGCCAUUGGUCGAACAGGUAUGCUUGGGGGCUUCGUUAACAAGUUCGAUGGGGGCGUCGAGAUUCUGGACGACUUGGACGAUCAUUGGACCGCGAAACACCACAAGGCCGAGCGCAACUGGUUCAUACAAGAACUACAAGAGCUGGCUGCAGAGAAGAGUGUUCGUAUCACCAUCCUUGGUGGGGAUGUUCAUUUGGGCGCUAUUGGACGAUUCUUCAGCAACGGCAAGCUUGGUCUUCCCAAGGACAAGGACCACCGAUAUAUUCCCAACGUCAUAUCAUCGGCCAUUGUCAACACGCCACCCCCGGUCAUGAUGGCAGAUGUGCUCAAUAAGAGGAACAAGAUCCACCAUCUGGAUGCCGAUACCGAUGAAGACAUGAUUCCCGUAUUCAGUCAUGAUGUCGACGGAAGCAGGAGGAACAAUAAUCAUCUACUUCCCAGAAGGAAUUUCUGCGUGAUCAGAGAAUACGUGCCAGGCUCAACGCCGCCCUCGUCACCAAAGCUCCGUGCUAGUCCGUCGGCAAACCUGCAGCAGUUUGACGGCACUAGCGGAGAGUACAAGCGAACCCGUGGCAAUGAUAGAAGAUUUCCACCAGGGAGUAUGAAGCGCACAAUGAGUCUCACUCGCGGGCCUGCUGCCUUGGUUAGGAGACUAAGCAGCUCAUCGAAGAAAGGACCACCGCCGGUCUCGCUGCCGCUGGAGCAUACAAGGCCGUACAACGACGAUGAUCGCAAGGCAUCAAGCAUACAGAGGUCUUCGAGUAUGUCGGCAGCCGACAGAGGCGGCAGCCAAUAUUCGGGCAAUGUGAGGCAUGAUCCGAACAUCCCGCCUGAGAGGCCCUCGUUUCAACGUCGUCCAACAAAUUUGUCAGAAAAAACUCCGCGGCGAUUUUCCUUCGUGGGCAAGAACAAUCAGAGUGGGCUUGAUAGUACCGCCGACGGUGCUGACGCCGCCGAGCACGUGAAUCUUGAAGGCGGGCUGGACAUCUCGCUAUGCAUGGAAGUCGACCAGCACAAUCCGGCGGGCACGACUGUCCCGUACAGGCUCUUAGUCCCGGCGCUUUGGUACGAAGGCUCUGGUGAUCCAAAUGUCGCCAAGUUCCAGCCUCACAGGAGGAGCUUAAUGGAACGUCUGCGACUUAACAGGAAGCGCGAGGCUCUUGAUGGACCUGAAGAUGCUGUCGCUGGAGCUACUGCCGAGCAUGAAGAUAAUACGGAGUACAGCGAGUAUCGGGGAACCACUGAUGGCAGCCGAACUCCAAGUCCAGACUUCCGAACUCAGAAGAACACUGCUCUCAACUCGAACCCGAACACGGGCGUCAGUCAUGCGGCUGUCGGCAUGGGUCUGACCAGUACUGGACGCGGUGCAUAUCAAACUCGCCAACUUAGUGACGGAUACGGCAGUGCUGGUCAACUCAUGAAUCACACGCCAAGACUUCCGUCUGCAAGUCCGCAACGUGGUGUCGAUCCAUAUCAGAACGGUUACAACCUCUCAGGACCACCCAUUGGUUCGCAGAACCAACAAUAUACCGACAGCACUGCCUACCCACAAUCCGGUUACCGGCGGACAGCUGCGCCUGGAUCAGCUCCUAUCACCGCUGCACAGGGUAAUCGAGGACCCUACGGCCGUUCGCCGCCUGGGCAAAAGAGUCAGGGCAGAUAUGAUGGUACCCAUCACGGCUACGAUAGUACUGGUAGCUUGACUGGCAGUGAGGAUUUUGAAGAAGAGCACAUGGGACGAGACCGACUCCCGCAACGUUCAGGAAGCAAGGCGGAACGAUUCUUUGGCGUUGGAGCUGGAAGACAGAGCUUGGAUCAGGGUCGGCCAAACGAAGUCGACUUUGGAAGAAGUGAUAGUAAGAGGAAAGCCGGAUGGAAGAUUUGGAAAUGAUGAGGUGUGGUUGGAUAGUGGUGAGGUGUAGGCGUCCUCUUUUUGUUUUACUGGUUUUGUAAUUACGGACGU